GCUUUCUAUUUAGUGUCCAGAGGUCCCGAAGCUCAAACGCCGUCUCAAGAGCUUUUAAGAUGUAUUUCGGGCGGCGCCGAACUGUCCCCGCUUAUCCGCUGCCGUUGGGCUUUGAACUACUUUGAAGGACGGAUUGUUUCCCAUUCUAGCAGCCGUUGUUCGUUUUGUUCAUUUCCUACGUUGCUUCGUUUUCCAAAAUGCGAAAUAUGCAUAUAUAAGACCUUGUACAAAUGUACAAAUACCUCCACUCACGCCAUUGCUUCCAUCUGAAUCUCAAAUGGCCCAAAUCACUCCUCUUCAGGUAUUCGAACUCGGUGCAGAUGAUGUCUAUCUCAAAUCGAGGUCCCCGCCUACUGCGCCGGAUGGCCGCUACGACUGGCAAGUCCCUGCAAAUGCAAAUCAGUCACCCCACGCGCACUCGGGAAUCACGAACCUCAUGCAAGAGAUACAAACCAUCAAAGCGAAGGCAAGUCCGCCUGACAUCAAAAUGGCGGAUGCUCUCAUCGACCAAGUGAUCAAUCCAAAUGCCGUCGAUGACCGUAAAGGAGGGAUCGCUGACGCGCUUACUGUGUUGGCCGCGUUGCCUGCAAGCUCGGAGGCUGCUGUUAAGAUAGGCAAUGCUGCAAUCGGCUUGCUCUAUAACACUGUUCCCCAUCCUGUUGCUGCGCUUAUGGGCGAAGUUCAUUCUUUCCGCCAUGCCGACGGUGGGGGGAACAACCUACAAACACCAGACAUCGGUCGCGCCGGUAUGCCCUACGCAAGGAGUGUCCAAUCCAAAUGGUGUUCGUCUUCGUUCUCGUUGCCAGAUCCGAAUAUCGUCUUUGAGACUUUGCUGAAGAGACGUGAUAUUGUCAAUCAUCCAGGAGGCAAUUCCAGCCUGACGUUCGCCUUCGCUUCCCUCGUCACCCAUAGUUUGUUCCGUACGGAUUACCAGAAUAUGAAUAUUAAUAACACUAGCUCUUACUUGGAUUUGAGCCCAUUGUAUGGAAUUAAUCAAGCUGCUCAAGAUUUAGUUCGCGACAAAGCUGCCGGGCGUGGUCUCCUUUAUCCGGAUACGUUUUCAGAGGAGCGUCUCUUGUUCUUACCUCCGGCUGCUAGUGCACUCCUGGUAAUUCUUUCUCGAAACCACAACUACAUUGCAGAAACACUAUUGAAGAUCAACGAACGCGGGAAAUGGACAGAUCCACCUCCAUCGGACGAGACAGCACGAGCUCUCCAGGAUGAAGAGAUUUUCCAGACUGCUAGGCUCGUCAAUGGCGGUCACUUCAUGAGUCUUAUCAUGGGCGAUUACGUUCCCGGAUUUUUGGGACUCUCCGAGGGCAAUAGUUGGAACAUGAACGCGUUUGACCCUAUCACAAAUCUAAAUGGAACCGAAGUGACCCGUGGACAAGGCAACCACGUUAGUGUCGAGUUCAACGUCUUGUAUCGAUGGCACGCGACUACAUCUGCCGCAGAUGAACAGUGGACGGAUGACUUCUUUAAAUCAACAUUCACCAAGCCUCUUGAUGAAUUGACGCCCACGGAUUUCGGAGGAGCGUUCUUCAAAAUUCUCGCUCAGCUUGAUCCUGAUCCAAGCAAACGCACUUUCUCCGGCUUGAUACGUGGCCCUGAUGGACGAUUUUCCGAUGAUGCUCUUGCUGACAUCUUACACUCUGCCACCGAAAAUCCUGCUGGUGCUUACCGCGCUCGUGGUACACCUGCCGCACUCAAGGUCAUUGAAGUCCUUGGAAUACAACAAGCACGUCAAUGGGGUGUCUGCACUAUGAAUGAAUUUAGGCAGUACUUGGGUCUGAAAACGUUCAGCACAUUCGAAGAAUGGAAUCCUGACCCUGAAAUUGCUAAUGCUGCUCGUCGUUUGUACCUUCACAUUGACAAUCUCGAGCUAUACACUGGCUUGCAAUGCGAAGCCACGAUGCCUCUUUCAGAAGGACUACGGUUCGCAUGUGGAUACACGAUGACGAGAGCAAUCUUGGGCGAUGCAAUUGCCUUGGUUCGUGGCGACAGAUUUUACACAACAGAUUUCACUCCUGCAAAUCUUACUACCUGGGGAUACCAGGACACCAUGAGAGAUCCUAACAACGGAGGUCUUGGUGGAAAUCUGCCAAAGCUUCUGACAAGGCAUCUCCCGCGCCACUAUCCCUACAACUCUGUAUAUGCAUGCUACCCCUUCUUCACGCCUCAGAAAAUGCAGGACAGCUUGACCCGGCAGAAGAUCGCACAGAAUUAUACGUUCACCCGGCCAGUGGCCGCCCCCAUUCCGAAAGUGCUAAACACGUUCACUGGGAUCAAAUAUGCCUUCAAUGACCCCUCGAAGUUCCACACAGCUUAUCAGAUGUCGGGUCUUGGAAACGGCUAUGGAUUCAUGCUUGCUUUCGAUGCUGAUGUGAAGAAGCAUGAUGCAGACAAGGCUUUGGCUCUCCAUGCGCUUUUCCCUAACCAGGAUUCUCUUGAUUCGUACCGAAGGUGGUACCGUGAAAACGCCAUCCAAAGAAUCAAGGAGAAAUCUUGGACGUACGACGGUGUUCCGGGUAGGUACGUCGACAUUGUGAACGAUGUCAUCAACGCCACGUCCGUACGCUGGGCCGCUGAUCGUUUGUGCGGUAUCGAUGUUAAAACCAAGGACAAUCCUUCUGGUGUUUACACAGAGCAAGAGGUAUAUGAUAUGUUUGCACUCCUGUUCACAAUCACGUUCUUGAGCUUUGGCGAUAAUGAACAUCUCUUCUCUCUAACUGUGGCGGCUUUCCAAGCCGGCGGAGUGGUUCAAGCUUUAGUUGCAAAAGCCAUCUUGGAAGUUGCACCUAGCAGUGCUCCGAAUGCACUUGUCAGUGUUGCUUCUCGUGUCAGGGGCUACUUCUGGCCAUCAACGGCGAAACCGUAUUAUCCUUUCUUGAGCACGCUCUCCGGAACUGGCCGCCCGGUGAAUGAACUGGUCGCUAACGUCGUCAGUCUCGCCAUAGGAUCCUCAGUUAACUAUGCCCAAGCUGCCGUUAACGUCAUCGAUUUCUACUUCGAUGAUGAGCGUGCCCCAGAACGUGCCAAGAUAAUUGAGCUGGCCAAGGCUUCGGAUGAUAAAAGCACAGAGCUCUUGCGCGGAUAUGUCAGGGAGGCAAUGAGGCUCAACCCGCAGUACACGGGUCUUUACAGAGACGCUGUCGUAGACACAGUCAUCCCUCAAGGUCCCGGCUUGGAACCUCUUGCUGUAAAAGCGGGUGACAGGAUUUGGGCCAGCUUCAAGAAUGCUCACCGAAACCCGGCCGAAUUCCCUGACCCAUUGAAGGUGGACCCUACUCGUCCGCAAUCAGCUUACAACUUGAACGGGACAGGUUAUCACCAAUGUCCUGGUGUCACCUAUGCGGAGCAGACCAUUGCUGAAAUUGUCAAGGUUGUUUUCAGUCUGAAGAAUAUUCGUCGUGCAGAUGGCAAUGCUGGAAGGCUUGGUGGCUUCACCGUUAUUAAGGAUGAGACGGAAACAAACGUAUAUCUGAAACCAAAUGGUAUUCUUACCAGUUGGCCCGGGUCAAUGUUUUUGGUGUACGACGAUGCAUGAUUGCUUGUCGUGUAUGGUCGUGUUACCCGAAUAUCUAUCCCUACUCGUAGACCUUACCAUGUCACCUUAAAAACAUGCAGCCGACACAGGCUCUAUCUCACUAAUGUAUGAGCAGGGGAUGAUAUACAUUCAGAAGUAUGACGGCGGCGGAGGCCUAGUAAAAAGAUAAUUUAUACUCAGUAUGUAGGGCAACUUCUUUCGAUAUGACUCAAAUUAUGCAGUUCAUGAUCUUGGACACCCCUGUGACCCUUUGGCAAGCCUGUGAAAGGAGCGUACAAGCGGGAAUAUUAUGAGCCUUUUGUCUGACUAUGAAGUCUAAACCAUAAUUUAGGGUGAAUAGUCACGAGGCGUCUAAAAGCGGAAGUCAUCUUUCCUAAUUUGUGCACUAAAUUGCCUCCGCAUUCUGCCUUAAUCUCGCC